AUGGAAGUCAGAGCUUCGGAAGAAGUAUCUUCCAAAAGUGAAGAGGGAUGCGACAUCGUUGAACUCGAGCACUUUACUGGGACAAACCCGUUUGCGGAUCCUGUAGUUGCGGAAUACUACAGGAAUCUGUAUCGUGAAGCGAACUACGAAUGCAGAAAUCACUUUGACCCAGAGCUUAAAUGGUCUAAAGAUGAAGAAAAACGACUAGUUAGACGGCUGGACUUUAAGGUGGCAUUUAUUGCAUGUAUAUUAUUUUGCGCCAUGGAAGCCGACAGGUUUAAUUACUUUCAGGGCACUUCAGAUGAGAUGCUCGAAGAAUUAAAUGUAACAACGAACGACUAUAACCUUGGAAAUCAGUUGUUCAAUGUAUUCCAUCUUCUGGGAACUGUGCCGGUGCAGCUGAUAGCAAAACGAUAUGGGGUAGAACGAGUUGUACCUUGUCAAAUGAUUAUAUGGGGCUGUGUUGCAAUGGCGCAGGCCGGUAUGCGUAAUAAAGUCGGGCUCAUCAUAUUACGGGUAUUCAUGGGUCUCGCUGAGGCCGGCUUCGCGGCUAUCAUGGUGACAUGGCUGACCAGUUUUUAUACUGCAAAGGAACUGGGAAUGAGAGUGUCCUAUUUCUGGGUUGCGCAAGGGCUAAUGAACUCCGUAUUGCCUUUGGCGUCUUACGGUAUAUUUCGAAUGCGCGGGAUAUGCGGACUUUCAGGUUGGCAGUGGCUUUUCUUAUUUGAAGGAGUGAUUACCUGCGUCAUGGGCAUUUUCGGAUUUUUUUACUUUGUCCCGUCAAUAGUUGAGACUAAGAGCCUCUUGCAUCCAAAGGGCUGGUUCACUGAGAGGCAAGAAUUGAUAGCUGUUAAUCGCUUACUCAGAGAUGAUCCCAGCAAAGGAGAUAUGAACAACAAAACUGGUGUAUCGGCCAAGCUAUUCAUCGAAGCGCUCUUGGAUUACGACUUGUGGCCUUUGUACUUACUCGCGCUAGUGCAUUUCUUUCCAGAGGCAGCCGCAGGGCCUUACAUGCUUAUCAUACUCAAAGAUGUUGGCUUUUCCACAUUUACCGUCCAACUACUCUCUAUUUCCAACUUCUUUUCGAAUACUGUCGCCAUCCUGGUGAUGCUGAAAAUCUACGAGGUGGUAGACGAGCGUUCGUUGCUGUCACUGGUUUCCUGCGUAUGGAAACUAGUGUUACUCGGAUUUCUCCGGUGGUGGAAAGGCGCAUUUGAGACGCGAUGGGAAACCUACGCGCUAAUGGUCGUGCUGUUGGCCUGCCCCUACAUAUUUCCGAUGAUGUUUUCGUGGGCUUCUAGAAACUCGCACUCCAUUAAAACGAGAUCUGUGUCAGCAGCCGUUCUCCAGGUCUUUAACGUGAUCGGCUUUGUCUGUGGAAACCAGAUUUACAGGAUGGACGACGCCCCGCUAUAUCACAGAGGUAAUACCAUCCUGUUUUUUCUCAUGCUCGCCAAUAUACCCAUUUUCAUCGGCGUAAAGCUGUACUACAUGUGGCGCAACAGAAGGAGAGAGCUGGUAUGGAAUGCGAUGACCGAGCAAGAUCGGCAGUCGUACAUCGAGAAUACAACCGACAAGGGCAACAAGAGGCUUGACUUUAGGUUCGCCCACUGA